GGAGGGGAGGGGAGGGGGGGAAAGUCGUCGAAGGGCAAACGUGAAGACCAGCCCACUUCGUGCUGAGUCUUGCUCCGCUCCGUUCCCACACUACACUGCGACGCCUCUCCGGCUGCGCUGAUCCACACAGCGUGCGCGCCGCUCCAGUCUCGGGAUACCUCCCGGUUCAUCAGCGCCCAGGGACCUCGCCUGUCUCCCAGCCGUCCUCAGGCCAGCUUCAUGCGCCCCCUGGUGGAUUAGGCACCGAAGAGUCGACUCCAAGUGGAUAAUGCGCCUAUAAUCGACGCCUUCUUUGAUCAGGACAGGAAACCAGAAGCCCCCACAUGACAAAAUAAAAAGGAGAAAAACUCAACCUGUCGGUUUUUUGUUUUUUUUACGGAAUAUACUUGUCACCCCUUUUUGGUCGAUUUUGUUGUGUCGGAUCCCAAAGGGGAGAGAGGUCAUGCCCUGCAGAAGGACUUUAUGACACCCGAUCACUGGAUGCUAUCACAAAAGCACACCGUAGCAUAGCAAGAAGACAACGUCUAGCGCUUAAAACCUCCCCCAAAAUGACUACGGAGGCUUCCCAUGCUGCCUACGCUGCUGUCGCCCCCUCUGUGGUCCCCUUCACCUCCUCCGAAGGCCACCUGCUCAGGAUGUUUCGGGAGUAUCAGAGCAACUCGGUCAUCAUGGAGCACUACAACUUCACCGGCAAACUGAAAGAGAACAGGUACAGGGACGGACUCAAACCAGAGGCCAUCGCCUUCCUACUGGUCUGCCUGCUCAUAGUGCUGGAAAACGCCGUGGUGCUACUGGCGAUCUGGAAGAAUAAGAAAUUCCACCUGCCCAUGUACUACUUACUGGGCAACUUGACCCUCUCUGAUCUGCUCGCGGGGUUCACCUACAUGGUGAACAUUAUAACAUCCGGGGCCAACACGUUAAAGAUGACUCCGGUGCUGUGGUUUCUGAGGGAGGGAGGGGUGUUCAUCAUGCUGGCCGCCUCUGUCAUCAGCCUGCUAGCCAUUGCCAUCGAGCGCCAUGUCACUAUGGUCAGGAUGAAGCCGUACCAGGGGGCAAAGCAGGGGCGGAUGUUUGGUUUGAUCGGAGCUAGCUGGGUGCUGUCUGUUUUCCUGGGCGUCCUGCCUGUCCUGGGCUGGAACUGUAUGGGCAGUCUGAACCAGUGCUCCACCGUCCUCCCCCUCUACGCCAAGAGUUACAUUCUCUUCUGCAUCACCGUGUUCAGCGCCAUCCUGCUGUCCAUCGUGGUGCUCUACGUCCGCAUCUUCCGCAUUGUCAAGUUUAACACCCAGCGCUUGGGUUCGGGUCCACAACGCAAAGGCCUUGCCCGAAAGUCCCAGAAGUACAUGGCUCUGCUGAAGACCGUCACCAUCGUCCUUGGGGUCUUUAUUGCAUGUUGGCUGCCCCUCUUCAUCCUCCUGCUUCUGGACUUCUGCUGUCCGGCCAAGAGCUGCCAAGUGCUCUUUAAGGCCGACUAUUUCUUGGGCAUUGCCAUGGUUAACUCCCUUCUAAAUCCUAUCAUCUACACCCUGACCAGUAAGGACAUGAGGAGGGCUAUUCUUAGACUGCUCUGUCGACACUGCCUCCUUACUAAAGAUGGACAGGUGAAGAAGAUUGGCAUGCCUUUCCUGGACUGCAGCACUAGUAAGGCUGACGCGGCCUCUCACAGAUUGGAGGGCGUGGACACGACAGUGUCCUCUGGGAACUUCACCCCCUCCGCUAUCAAAGCCAUCUACCCCAGGAUGUCGAAGACAUGACUGGGUGGCUCAGCUCGACUCAAGUUAAAUGAGAGACGGUAUUUGGAGUAAGAGAUGGACCACGGAAGUUCCCUGGUCGGCUCUCUCACAAUGAUGUGGCGUGGUUAUGUACUGUCGUAGAGAGGACUGCAUGUACUGUAUGCAAGGACCGCUCCACUGUUGUUUUCCAUUGCACUCUGCCAAGUAUUUAAGGGCCCAUCAACUGUUUCGAAAUCUCCAAUAUCAAGUUUUUUUAGUUCAUACUGUGAAAAUCGGCCUCAUUUUUUUUUCCUUCAUAAAUUGGAAAUUGUGCACUGUGGCCUGUUUGGGCCUGACGUAAAGGUUGUUGUUACAGAAACAUACUUGUGUGGGGAAAAAAAAAAUCCAUUUCAUUUCAUCGACGUUCGCCUUUACUAGAAAAGAAAAGUACGUAGAUUCCUACACAGGAAGUUUGGCAUAAACACAAAGAAAUUAUGCCAUGCCUUUUGAUUUUGGACAAACAACUUGCGUAACAACACGCGAGUCGUCGUCGUCGUCGUUAUCUCUGGAGCAAACGCAUAAUGACAUGCUGUUAAAAAAGCGUGCAGCAUCCACACCCAAAAAAAAAAAAACUGCAGCCAAAACCAUGUAAUUUCUCUCAUCUGAACUGCGGUCAGCAGGUUUUGCGGGUAGAGGGCCUCUAAACGGAGAUCAGAGGCUGAAGACGCACAGGAAACGUCACACGGCGGCUCGUGUUGGUGGGCUUGCGCAGCUUUGGAGGUCUCCUCAACAUAUGUAGCAGCAGACAUGCUGCUGAAGAGCAAUAGCUGGCGGUGGAAGCUCGUCGACGCCUUCCUGGUUUUGUGAACUAGAACACGGCAGUCGUAUGCCUGCAACCUGGCAGAGAGAAGAAGAAAAAACAGACUUCAGAACUUCCCUGAUGGAGGUCAAGCUCUUGUGAAAUGAAGAAAUAUUUAUAUGGUUUUUUCCUGUUAACUGUGGCAGAUGUGAUCGGUCUACACGAUAGAAAUCGUUCAAAUCCUAAAUUGCACAGUAUAUGGGUUUCAAUGUACGCGGCCACAAUUUCAGUACAACAGCAGCGAGUGAAAAGGACAAAAAUCAUGUUAUCAGAUUUGUGUGUGUAAUCCCCCCCCCUCUCCCCUCCCAGUAUGUCUUUUUGCUACACGAUUUUACCAUAUAUUAUGUAUAUAAAAUAAUCUCCGAGUCUGUCUGGAUUUUAUGAGCUGCAUUUUGUAUAAUCACAAAUGUACUUAACUUAUGACGCUGACUUUUUACACGAACAAACAAUGGACAUAUGUGAACAACGUGUGCACUGUUUUAUCUUACGCCCCAAGCGAAUGAAAUACCAACUAAGUCACUUUCUCAACGUUUUUACAUGUUUUUUCUAUUUAUACAAUAAUCCCCCAUCCUCGAUUCAUCGAAACUUGAUACAUAUGCAUACAAAGAUAAACAAAUAUAUUUGAAAAAGGGACAAAAAUGGUGCAUAUAUAUAUAUAAAAAAACAGUAAAUUUUUCUAGGUAACUGUGUUUCUGUUAAGUAUAUAUAUAUAUA